UCCACGCUAAGGUCCUCUACAUUCUGUUUGCUCAGUGACGCUUUCAAUAUCUGCGAUGGAAACAACGCGGUUACCUCUUCAGCAGCUAACAGGUACGUAGAAGCAUUAUCAGAUAUCGUUUGUUGGGGGACAGGCCUUCGAGCGGCAAAUCCUCGUUACGCCAGAACGAAGGUUUGUACCGAAAAAUCUGGAACGACUAUAAGGUGGACUACUCUUGUUGUAGCACAUGUAAAGAAGCAGAUGUAAUCUUUCUUUUCGGCUACAGCUUCGCGGAUGUAUAAAGCUCUUGUAAAGUCCACGUCAGUGACUGCAAAUUUUUCUGCUUGAGUGAGUCUUUACUUUGGAAGAAGAGAUGGGUCAGGAAUGUUGUACAGCAGUCCUAUAAUCGUCUUGCAAGUGACGCAGUGAUUGAUCGCUUUCCUGACAUGCUGACGUCCAGCAGGAAUCCAAUAUUUCAGACGUACGAGAUUCAGUGUGGAAAUCGCGCAAGCAUAUAAUUGAUUAACAUACGUGUCACUGAUUUCUAAUUCUGUAAAUGGGUCUUUGGGUGGUGGGAAGAGUAACAACUUAGUAGAUUUGGAAACUGGCGCAUCGUGAACCCUCUUGCCGAGACGGAUAACACCAGUAUCAUCUAAAAAGAGGAGUAGCUGUCGAACUGGUGGUUUUCUAGGCGUAGAUUUGGAGAGCAUGCUGGAGAUCUCCUUGUGGUAACUCACUUGCUGACGAUUCUUGAUCCAUUCUCUCUCGACAUGAGCCAGUUCUUGUGUAGUCAGGCCUCCUUUGUUCUUGUUCUGCUUUCUGGUUUUGCGCACAAACCGCAGGACGUAGGGUUUGACUCAGGUGAGCCUGAGAAUGGUGCUGAUAGACCUGUUGGUUAUCUAUGGUCCAUGGUUGGAGAUAAUCUUGGAGCGGUAAACUUGGAAGGGGCUGUUAGGGUCACUGAG